GCACAGCCAAUCUUUGAUGUCCUGACUACUGACUGUACUUCCGCUGUUUAGGUUGGGAACUCUCGUGCUCUGGUUUGUACUGCAGCACGGACGGUGCACGGACAACACGAACGAUGGUCCACGUGAACAUGGGGUUGCUCCUGGCUGUACUUGCGGGUGUAGCCCUGGGAGCCUCCGCCGGAAAAGGCGGCGGCGCCUCGCGGAGAGGUGUCAACCCGCGCCGCUUGGAAGAAGAAACGCUCAUCCUCAACGAAGAAUUUGACAGCUUCAACCUUGAUCUUUGGCAACACGAGAUCACCAUGGGAGGAGGAGGGAACUGGGAGUUCCAGAUGUACGGCAACAACCGGACCAACUCUUACGUGGAGGACGGCAAGCUCUUUCUGCAACCCACGCUGACGUCGGACUAUAUGGGGGAAGAACAGGUGAGCGGGGUGUCCCCGACGACCUUCGACAUGUGGGGUUUGGUGCCCGCCGAUCAGUGCACGAGCAACAUGUUCUACGGCUGCUCUCGCGCGAGCAACAUGGCCGCCCGGAUAGCCAUCAACCCAGUGAUGUCAGCGAGGGUGAGGACCGCGGGGACGUUUUCGUUCCGCUACGGUCGCAUGGAGGUCAAGGCCAAGCUUCCCAAGGGAGACUGGCUUUGGCCGGCGAUCUGGCUUCUCCCCGAGCAAAACGUAUACGGGCAGUGGCCGGCCUCCGGGGAAAUCGACGUCAUGGAGUCGAGGGGUAACUCGGCUUCUUACGCGUCGGGUGUAGACGGCGUCGGAGGCGUGAACUCGGCUUCGAGCGCGUUCCACUGGGGGCCCCACUACAGCAUGGAUUCGUGGGACGAGACAUACGGUGUUUACACCCUGGACGAGGCGGAAGGAACCUUCAACGACGAUUUCCACACCUUCGGCUUGUACUGGGACGAGAACGAGAUGUACACGUACAUCGACGACGACUCGAACCGUUUGCUGACGGUAGACUUCGGAGCCGAGUCCGAAGAGGACGGUUUCUGGGAAAAAGGGCACUUUGAAGAGCGGUUCCCCGGGGUCGAGAACCCGUGGAAGGGGGCGAAACCCAUCGCGCCGUACGACCAGAAGUUCUAUGUGGUGAUGAACGUAGCCGUGGGCGGAGUGUCGGGAUUCUUCCCCGACGGAGUGGGAGGGAAAAUGUGGCACAACAAGGACAGCGACGCCGCCAUGAAGUUUCACGAGGCCACGCACGACUGGCACAGCACCUGGGACGGCAAGGAUUCCGCUCUUCAGAUUGAAUCCCUCAAGGUCUGGCAGACGAACGCCGACUACUUCAUGGACGCCCGCGCCGCCGCCCGUGCCGGCGCCAUUCCCUCCUCCGGGGACAAGUGGGAGUCUUCCCCGCCUUCUUUCGUGGGAGAGGAUGACGCGGGUUCAUCUGUAGGCGGCGGCGGCGGUGCGGUAAUGCUCUACGUCGGGUGUUCGCUCUUGGGCGGCGUGCUGGGAGGAGCGGCGGUGGGGUGGUGGCUGGGCAACAGGGACUCGAGGAACCGGUCGAGGGUGUACGAGAAGAUCAACGGCAGCGGCGCCGCGCCGCCGGCGCUGUAGAAGCAGGUUUUUGGUCCUGCAUCAAAACCCAGAAGCAGCGGGAAGUCUUGCUUACCGCACGGAACAGAUUUUAGCGGCGGCAGCAGCAGCAGGUGUCUGGUUCUAUAUCAACAUGCGGCAGCGUAUCUCUCUUUGUACAUAGACGGACCAGACUUUAGUGAUGAUCCACCUGGAAUGGUCGCAGUGUUGGUGAGUGACAAAAAGUGACGCCCUCCCUAUGGAAGAGGCCGCAGCCAGAGUAGCUGCAGGAAAGGUGUGUGUUUUUGGCUGGGACGGGGAAAAGAGUACGGGAGUUGCACGUGCUCGAUCGUGGGAGUUAGAGGUUGUUUUUCAGCAACUACAAUCAGGUUUGUUCACAAGCAGUGCUGUUGCUCUUGAGAGAGAUAGGGGCACCGCGAGAGAAGGUAGAAGCGAGUGUUUGUGUUAUGUACGGAGGGCGGUGGCGUGACUUGACUGGUUCUGUGGGCUUUUGGUGCGCCCUCCUCCUCCUUCCCUUUCCUACCCUCCGAAUGGGCAGGGACGCCACGAAGCGUCUACUUAUCUUGCUAGGGCGAUAGUUGUUAGGUUAGAGGAGAUGCAUUGAGACCACAACAAGGGAUAUGUUCUUCAAGUCUACGACGAUUGGUUGCCCUGGGUGUGUGACGAACAUGGGGGCGGGGGGCGGCACUUGUGGGGGGGUGGUAAGGGAUUAUGGCGUGCGCGUGCGUGCUUCGUCCUUUGCGUGGUGGCUUUUUGCGAAGGAGAUUUGUGGACUAGACCAUCUCGUGUAUGCUGUCAGUCUGUUAUCGAAAAUUCAUGGUCUGGGGAGAAGACGAGGGAACGACAACGAACGAGGUCUCAGGGAAAGAUGCAGAGAGAAAAAUCUCGGUUUCGAAAAACAGCAACAAAAGUACUUGUAGCGAAAGCUACUUGCAGAUAUAUCGGAUACACGUAGGUUCAAAUCCCUUUCACGAAGAUUACAUUGCUGUUUUGGGAUGAUUUUUCCUCCGCAAAACUGCUGGUCUCUUGGGUUGGUGUUGACACGUGCGAGCCUCUCGCUUGCUUUUGCCUUGCGGGUUGACAGCUGUGAAUACGGGCGUAUCUACGUGAGCUUAAUCAGGGAGUUGCAGGAGGGGGGCGGGGCUCGUUGCGGUAAAGGGCGCCGGGGGUGAACUUCUUCCCCCCCGGGAAAACGGGCUGGCUUGCACUCCUUCGUGGUACAUGUUUGUAGGUCGGGUACCUGGAGUUCGGCAGGGGAUCUUUGUGUGGUGGAGUGGAGUGAUAUCGAUGACAUCCGUGGAUAAUUUUUAAGGUCGAACGCAUGAGGGAGUAAAAUAGAACGGUGUUUGCGUUCGUUGUUUCAGGCAUUCGUUCGUCCCAGCGGUCGGUGGCGUCGGUGAUGUCUCCUGCCACCGCGGGCGCUUGUCGAGCGGUAUGGGCGAUUUGGUAGUGUGGUGACUGACGUCGCCCUGCUCUGUGAAAGAAAUCGUAGGCUACAAGAAGUCGACUUGGUUUUUGGAAACGAAGCAUACAUGCACUAGAAAAAUAACGGAGAUGAAGACC